AACCCCCCCCUCCCCGCCAUGAACUCCGGUAUCGGGGAUCGCGAGCACCCACUCCGCUCUCCUCUACGGCAGCCUCUCACCUUUCUGGCUUCCCACCCUGAGGAGACAGGCACAACUUGAGGCAACCCCCUGAGGGGCCUUCAGGACAGCAACAAAUUCCCAGGGGCAGCCAUCAUGUCGCAGUUUUCCACCAUGACAGCCAGGGAGAGGAAACUGCAGGCGGCAGCAAUCUGCAGAGAGGUGCAAGGCCAGGAAGAUGCACACAUGGACCUUGGGAAGAAAGUGAGUGUUCCUAAAGACAUCAUGCUGGAAGAGCUGUCGCUCGCCUCCAACCGGGGCUCCCGACUCUUCAAAAUGCGCCAGAGACGCUCUGAAAAAUACACUUUUGAGAGCAUCCAUAAUGAAACCAACAACCAGCUAAAUAGCCAAGAAGUUUUCCAGAUCGAGUACAACCCCGCCUCCGGCGGUGGGAAUGAUUUGGCUGUCGAGCAGCCUUGUCAAGUGACAUCCAAUGCAUCAGAUGCCACAAUGGUGCCAAAUCCGGACCGCAUCGCGCCAGGAUAUGGAGGUCCUUUGAAGGACAUCCCUCCAGAGAAGUUCAACUCUACAGCUGUGCCAAAGUCAUACCACUCGCCCUGGGAGCAGGCGAUCAUCAGUGACCCUGCUUUGGCUGACACGCUCGUCUCCCGCAUGCCGGAACUGGAGCCCCAGACAAACCUGCCAGGAUACAAAAGCUUCAACAGGGUGGCAACCCCUUUUGGAGGUUUCAGCAAGGCGCCGAGACCCGACCCCAUCGCAGUGCUGCAGGUGGAGGCGUUCCCAGAGGUCCCCGCUCUCCAGGGGGAUUGUGCUCCGAACCGGCCAUCCUUCAACAGAGCGGCUCUAGGGUGGGUGUCAUCCGGUGGCUCAGUCACACUCCCGAAUGUCUCCCUCGAGCCCACACUCAUCCCUGAGUCAGAAGACCUUUGAACCCAAGCAGAAACAUCACAGGGGAGGCUUUGGAAGUAGCAGCUUCACCCAAGGUUAUUGUGGGGAUGGUGACAUUUGUUUCAGAGCAGGAGCUUGAGCGAAAACCUCCUGUUGGUAAUUGUCACACAGAUGGUGGGAAAGGUAACCAUGUAACUUAAGAAGAAGCUGUAUUGGAAUAAAGUAAGAUUGUAUAUUAAUGUCCACAACAAUGCUUUUCUCAAAAUAAAGUUAGGCAAAGUACAACAGAA